UACAAAAAAAAAUAAUAUUGUAAGAAGAAACAUUAUUACGUGAACGUUUUUCAAUGCUCAGAAACAAAUAUGAUCGACGAUAAAGAAGACGACACAGUAAAGGCAAAAACCACAGAUCCUCUAUUAGAGGCGCUCGACAAACUCGGCUGUGGUUCCAUUUUCCUGUGGAUAAUAUUCAUUUUCACGCUCACGCCGACGAUAUUCAAUGGAAUGCAUUCGAUGUCCUAUAUCUUUAUUGCCGAGGUUCCCAUUCACUGGUGCGCGGUACCGAGUUUAACCGCCGCGAACUGGACAGACGAGGAAAUAAGAAAUAUUUCUUCAGCCACCUCGUGCACUAUGUACAAUUAUGACUACGAACAUUUCGUAAAAAUUGGAUACGAUCGAGCUUUGGAGUACAAGAGUAACAAUAGCUUGCCACAGGCAAUACCUUGCGCAGUCAGGAGCUUCGCGCAUGAUUUCGAUAGAACAUCAUUUGUCCAAGAUUGGGACUUGGUGUGCGACAAUACCGCGGCUCGUUCAAGUACUCACAUGGCUCUGUCCCUCGGAAAAUUAUUGGGCAGCGCCUUCUUUGGGAUUUUCGCUGAUAAAUACGGUCGCAAGAUCAGUUACGUGAUCGGUAUAAUAUUGUUGAUCACAUCCGGUCCAGCCGGAGCCGUUCUACCAUGGUAUUGGGGUUUCAUGAUCUCACGGUUAUUUAAUGGCGUCAGCCACGCCGCGAUACAGUAUUCGUCGUUCACGACACUUACAGAGGUUGCAAACGAGAAACACAGACAGUGGAUGGGGAUUGCUUAUAACACAGGCUACGCCACUGGUACUGUAAUCGUACCAGGCAUAGCUUAUUUGUUGCACGAAUGGAGGCACGUUCAACUAGCAAUAUCAUUACCGGCUCUGAUUUUAUUGAUACACUUGUGGUUCAUGCCAGAAUCACCAAGAUGGCUGAUAGCGCACAAUCGUCGCAAAGAGGCGAAAUAUUUAAUCGAGAAAGCGUGCAAAAAAUCGUCCCAUUUGACAGCGACGACAGAGUUGUCAGUGCAGUGUCAAGAUUUUAAAGGUUCAGACGACUCGAUUGCAAACAUUCAGAAUUCUAUCGAAGCACGAUUACGUAAAGACGUCAAAGGAUUUCAGGUUCUUCUUACGAACAGUGAAUUAAGAAACAGAAUCCUUAUCACGAAUUUCAACUGGAUGACCGCGUCACUCUCUUAUUAUGCAUUGGCGUUAAAUGUGAACAAUUUCUCGGCGAAUCGAUAUAUUUACGUUAUGGUCAUGGGACUGACUGAAAUACCGGCAUAUUUGAUACCGACGCCGAUUCUGAUGGUAAUGGGACGACGGCAUGGAAGCGGAUCUCUGUACAUUAUAGCAUCGAUUUGUUUAUUAAGUAUUUUGACAAUACCAGUAGCACAAAGUGACACGAUUAUGAUUGUUUCCCUUAUUGGGAGAUUCAGCGCGUCAGCUGCCUAUGGUAUCGCCAUUCUGUACAGUUCAGAGCUCUUUCCUACGGUGUGCAGAAAUUCCGCGGUUGGGACAAAUUCGGCGAUGUCGCACGUGGGAAGUAUAGCGGCGCCUUAUGUGGUUGAUCUAUUGGGCGCCACGGUAUGGUGGGGACCAACCACCCUCUGCGGUAUUUUCACCCUAAUGGCGGGUCUUUUAUGCCUGAUACUGCCGGAAACUCGUGGUCGACCUCUAGCAAACACGGUCGACGAGGAGGUCACUAAGGACCGAGAAAAUGUCUCGUUAUACAAUUGCUGCAAAUGUGCAUGAAGAGCUCAGUAUUUUCUAUCGACGGGUUUUUCUAUUAUAAACAUAUCA